CAGUGGGAGUCCGUCCGCCGCCAUGACGGCUCGCGUGUGUGCCAUUCUAUUGCUAGCAGCAUUCGCUAUAACGGACGCGCUCGUUGACGAAGCCGUCGACGUAAUCAAACUCGGUAUAGAGGUAGGCGAGGAGGUUCUUAACUCUUGGGACGUUAUUAGCAAACCGUUCAAUAUGUCCGGUGGUGUCGAGUUACCCGUCAUCAGGAGAAAACAGAGACAGAUACUGGCCCGGCUGGCCCAGGUGACACGGGCGAUAAAUAAACUUGAAUCGAAUAUAGAUGAGAAUGGCGCCGUUUUGAUGCUCCUAGCGAAACGUAUCGGCCGCGGUAACAGCCUCGAGCUGAAGCUUCACGAAAUGUCGGAUCUGUUGAGCCGAGUGGCAUCAGCUGAUCAAAAGAUGCGAGAGUACACGAAAAACCAACGGGAAUUGGAGCGGAGAACGCUGGAGGAUUUCGCAGAGUGGUGCGUCUCGCACGACAGUAGUGCACUGCCCGGUCUUAUGGAGCGCGUGUACGCAAUGAUAGUGCCCCCGCACAAACAUCUGCUCGGACAGACUAUUUUACAAAACAUUUUAGAUGAUCUGCAGGAAGAUCAACUAUGCGAUAUGCAGAUGUCCCCCCACCAGCUGAUAUAUGACAUGUACAACACUAUAUCCCUGACUGAGAUAAAGGGAUACGCGAUGAUGCAGUUCUCGUGGAUGCUGCUCAGGAUAUAUGGCAAAGGAAACUUUACGCAGGAAGCGAAUCUGACGCGAGUGAGAUACGCCGAAAGGACGUCGCGUAUUGCGUCCGCCGCCAAAUCUACACUCGCGAUGGCCAAACGGGAUCUGUAUAAAUGUGAUCCGAAAGAACAUAAACUAGGAGUAACAUACGAGGAAGUUACCAAACUGCUUCAAGGUUACAUAGAAAACGAAGUGAACUUGAACACUGAAAAGACUUGCACUGAGAACUGCGCGUAUUACACGCUUACUGAGCGACACGGUUGCUUCGAAGGAGAGUACUGUGAAAGACAAUCGUGCAAGGGACGAAUCAUCGACUGCCAGUAUAUCGACUCCGACAUGUGGGUCUGCCCGGCCGGUAGGAACAGCCCACGUCGGUACGAAUGGAUCGAAUACGAAAACGGUAGGACAUUCGGCCAAGCCGGUACGUGCUCGCGAGGGAAGACAAAGGUCGACUCCUGGUGGAAGUGGAAUCUUCUACAUUGCUCAUACUGCUUUUGUCUUUGUGAAGACGAUAUCCAGUCGUCUGAACGAACCUUCAGCUUACGAGAAGCGUUGGCUGAGAUUGAGAGGAACAAGGUCGUCACUGGCUUACGUCUCGUGAAGCACGGAAGAGUAUUCCAUCUACAGAUAAGUGAGGGUUUCUUGGGAGAGAGAGGAACCAUUACACCCGGAAGUUGGGUGCCGCUACAGAAGUUCGACAUAUCUGAGCCGGGAAUUAGGGAAGGCGAAGACUACCACAAAUUGACUUACGAGAGGAGAGCUAUUGAUUUAGACGAACUAGACUCACCGACGGGGCAUAUCUUAACCGGUGUCAGAUUCCGAAUGAUCGGUGCGCAUUUGCACUUCGAAAUUCGUUCGACACCCUUCAACUACACAACUGGAAGACUGUCAUCCGACCGAAGCCAGUGGAUCAGCAAUGACAAUACGGAGGGUGCCGAAACCCCGAGGUCCCGCCUGGCGCUGCUGCGGCCCGACGUGCCCACGCGCAGCGCGGCGCCGCUGCCGGUGGACUCGCGGCACGACCAGUACGUGGAGUUCGUGAACAGCGACUUCGACGCCGACGCGGCGCAGAGCACCGUGCCCUUCGUCGACGUGCAGCCGCUCGAGCCCAUGAGAGGUGCGGCGUUACUGAGCGGAGCGGGUAUCAUACACCGCGGAGCGAGAGGCUACGGAGGCUUCAUCGCGCCCAAGCUGUUCACGUACGACUACUCCCGCCACGUGAGGGCUCAACCGCCCCCCGACAAUAUACAAGAGGAAGAAUCACCGGAUGUGAAUCUACCCCUUAAUAAUUUUUAGUUACGCAUAGGUUAAUAUUUUGUAUACUCAUUCUAAUGUAGUUUAAUUUGAUAAAUAAAGCUAUCUCUAAGUCGAA